AUGAUCCCAGAACCAACAUCCCCUUUGCAAAACAUUAAAGAAGAAACUACACAGAUCAAAGCCUAUGAGGCUUACAAUAUUUUAUCAUCCAUAGUUCUGUCACAAUCUACGGGUACAGUCGAAAACACCGGUGCUGCAAAUUGGAUGGAACUGAACGACGAACAAAUUAAGAGAAUCCUCAUAGAGUACGCUUACAGAGGCAGUGAUAUAGCUUAUAUCAUGGACUAG